UUCUGAUCCAGAAAAAAGAUUAGAUAUCUAUAUAGAUGGUGAAUGGGAAGGAUACUUUUGUAUUCAAAAUGUUAAAACGCAAAAAGUUGUCUUCAAUGAUGGACCAUUACAUAUUGGACGUUCUUUCAAUUGGAAAGGAUUUAAUGGUGAAAUUAGCCAUGUCCGUUAUUUCAACUGGCGCUUAUCCCCUGAAGAAGUGAUAGAAGAUUUUUUCAACGAAUCACAGAAAAAGCCAAUUGUAUUUGGAUCGAAAAUCGCUCUUGUACAUGUAUCUACUGGAAAGUAUCUAUCUACAAAUGGAGUCAAAUAUGACUUGGGUUCGCAAAACAAGCAAUAUAUGGUUAUUUGUAGUGACGAGAAAACAAAUUUGGAAAAUGAAGUUUGGACUAUAAUUGGAGCCAGUGGUAAAAGUAUAAAUGAAGGGAUCCCCGUAUCUCUUAAUAGUAUCGUUGGAUUUAAGCAUAAAGCAACGGAAUGUAAUUUACAUUCUCAUGACACUAAUCAAGGGAAAUUUACACCAAUAUCGAAACAACAACAAGUGACCAUAUGCCCAGGUGGAGGAAAUAUUGAUGAUGAAUGGCUUAUUCGACGUUACAAUCCAAUCACUUCUUAUGAUACUGGUCAAUUGAUGAAUGGUGAUAUCAUUGGUCUCUUCCAUAUCAGAACUAACAAAUCAGCCUUAUACAGUCACAUGGUCUUAUUAGGUGAUGGAUCACAAGAAGUUUCUUGUUAUGGAAAUGGAAGUGAAAGUAAUAACAAGUGGCGUAUUGAAUUAAUUAAUUGA